AUGGCGUUCAACUUCAACUGGUCGCCGCUUAUGGCGGACGCGAGUUUUUAUACUCGUGCCCAAGACCUGCUGACUGCCGCCUUGAAUAAAUCUCCAAAACCACCCAUCAUCGUCGACGACAUCAUCGUGACUGAACUGAAUCUUGGCUCGAUCCCGCCUGAAUUGGAGAUUUUGGAAAUUGGGGACUUGGCGGAGGAUCGCUUUCGGGGCAUCUUCAAGAUGUCAUACACUGGAGAUGCCUUUCUCACUCUGAAAACACGAGUUCAGGCGAAUCCUCUUAAUACCUACCUCCUCACCCGACCCUCUUUUGCAACUCCAAUGCCUGUUGCCGCAGCAACCCCUCUGACCAUACCCUUGCAAAUUACACUCUCCGACUUCAAACUCUCUGGCUUCGUCAUAUUAGUUUUUUCAAAGCAAAAAGGCAUCACUGUCGUUUUCAGGAAUGAUCCGCUCGAAUCGCUUAAAGUAUCCUCGACUUUCGACUCCAUUCCCUUUGUUCGCGACUUCUUACAAAGAGAAAUUGAGGCACAACUUCGCAUUUUGUUCAUGGAUGAAUUGCCUGCUAUCAUUCACCGUUUAUCCCUUCGACUGUGGGUCCCGGAAUACCGCGCUGGCGAAGAGCUGCAAAAAGAAGCUACAGACGCUGCAGGCGAAGGCCCAGGUCAAGAUCCCUUGGCAAGCCCACCACAAGACCCCGUCGACGCUUCCGGAAACGCCUUGGAUGAAUCCGAAAUCGCUUCCCUUUCUCUUGAAUCUACCGUUGAAACUCACUCUCUAUUCUCCCAAAAGAACCUUCUCCGGCUGGCCGCCCUUACCGAUUCUCAACGGACGCUAUCACUCUUCACACCAUCCAUCCAAGAAGUUGUAUACCGCGCGUGGACUUCACCUUCCGACUCGGGCGAUAUCACUGGAGGCGUGAUGUCACCCCUCAGUCCAAUCCUCUCCAGGACCCAUUCGCAGAUUGGAGGCCUGUCCUCUUCAUUCCAGGACACAGCCAGUAUGGUGUCCUCACACAGCCGAUCCUCCGUCAAUACACACACUUUCAGCAGUUACGGAUUGACUUUGGGCUCUGGUCGUCAUUCGAAAUCGAACGCGAGAAAGCGGAAGAAGCGCGUCGUCGAUCUGCGUCGCCCCAAGACUACAGACGAUACAGUCAGCGUAAGUGGCGAGACUACUUACACGGAGACCACGAGCGCCGCAUCGGUCUACUCAGCUCCUCUACCUGUGGUGAGCGAGCAAACAGAUGAUCCAGUGACGCCCCCACUUUCGCCGAGCAGCGACCUUCAUCUUCCCACAAUUCCUGAACGGCAUCGUGCCAGUCUAUCAAGACCAAGCAUGCCCCGGCGUAAUUUCGCAACCGAAACGGCACGUGAAGUGGGUGAGACAUCAUCGUCCGCGGCUCCUCGUCAGUCUGCAGUCAUUGACGUGGAAGCUACACCACGGGAUCCCACAGUCGCCUUCGCCCGCGAGAGCGAAAAGCAGCAGGAAGCAGGGGCUACACGUAGUCUGCCUGCCGCAGCACUCCCGUUUACAGAUAUCAAAGCGACCUCUAGCAUCGUGGACCAGGCACUAGUCGAAAGACUCGCUGGAGAAAUUGCUCGUCGUAUGCGCGAUGAGAAAAUGACCCCAGGCGGUACUUGCAGUGCUUUCUGGGAUCGCCUGGGUCAUGAAGAUGCUCCCCCGGCCUAUGGACAAUGA